AUGGCAAAGCACAGCUCUGUGAUGCGGCCGGAGGUCAGCCGGCCGCAACCCGUCCUUGUGGGCACAGAUCGCAAGGACAGGGUCACAUGCCAGAAUUCGAGGAAGCAGCCGGCGCAGGGUCGCCGUUCCGACUUGAAGGAGGCUUCUGAGUUUUGUCAGAAGCACUCCGUGGAUCCCGCAAGUGGAAGGUUGCGCCGCCGGAAUGAGACAGGCCGUAGCACCGUCCCAGAGUCUGCCCCAAAGAGGGAGAUCGCGGGUGAACCUUUGGUUUCAGCAAAAGUUGAACUCGAGUACGAGCCGGAUGAGGACCAGAGGAAAUACAAAGAACUGAUCGUUAACUGGAACAUUCGAGAGACUUUGCCGCUGCCCAUCCAGCCGGUGGGCUCGACGUUAAGGACCAUCCCUGAAGGUGCGGACGAGGCGAACGACGAGGAGCCGUUUAUGAUGCACUCGUACGAUCUCUUUGUAUUCUGCUUUGAUUCGCCGGAUCUGAAUUACGACGACUACUUCAGCAUGGCAAUUCCGCAUCCGUGGCGAGUGCAGUUCUGGGCACGAGGCAAGAACGAAUGCAUCGCCCUGCGUGGUCUCCAUGAUCACCCGGUGAUCACGGGCUACAUUCUAGAGGAUCACACGCAGCCUUCCAGGAGCUGCGAAGAGUGGCUACAUAAGCAUCGCUACCCCCUUUCAGGUUUCUGCAGCAUGGACGCGCAGUUUGUCGUGACGCAUUCCGUCGACACAACUGCCAUUUGGCGAUUGGAUCGACUGUGGCAGGUUGCAGAAGCUGCUGCUUUGGGCCACAAGAAGGAUCCACGAAAGCCUUUGGAUCUCAUGGAGACCAUGGAGAACAAGUCGCAGCUGUCGGAGUGCAGGGCCGAGCUGUGGCUCAAGAAUUCGGAAGGUAUGUAUCCCGUCAGGAGGGACAAAGCCCAAGCCUUUGUCGCAAUCGUGGGUGAGUACCUCCCAGGUCAGGGUUGCGGAAUGUGA